CAGCCGGUAGGAGAGGUCACCACAGUGUCCACCGCAGGACCUCAGACAGACGGCUGGUCUCCGUCUGACAGGCUGCUUUUAACUUUUAAAACAGCAUGAACAGGCCAACCGUGCCGCUGACCUCCUGGUAACAUUCAUGAAAAUGCCAUAUGCGCGUUGCUCUGUGCUAGAAGAUGGCGGAGUCGGAUGGUGGGGAUUUUGCUUCGAAAGAUCCACAGAACAGUAUGGCUAAUAAGAAUAGCACCCUGCGCUGUACAUUCUCAGCCCCAAGCCACAGUGCCACCCUCCUCCAGGGUUUGUCGGUCUUGCGAGCUCAGGGUCAACUACUGGAUGUCGUGCUGGCCAUCAAUGAGGAGCGCUUCCAGGUCCACAAAGCUGUGCUGGCCGCCUGUAGUGAUUACUUCAGAGCAAUGUUUACUGGAGGCAUGAGGGAGUCAAAUCAAGAUACCAUUGAGAUGAAGGGUCUGUCAGCCCGUGGGCUGAAACAUAUUAUUGACUUUGCCUACAGUGCAGAAGUCACUUUAGACCUGGACUGUAUUCAGGAUGUCCUCGGGGCGGCUGUGUUUCUCCAGAUGGUGCCAGUCGUAGAGCUCUGUGAGGAGUUUCUCAAGUCAGCGAUGAGCGUAGAGACCUGCCUGCACAUCGGCCAGAUGGCCACCACCUUCAGCCUGUCUUCCCUCAAAGAGUCGGUGGAUGCCUUCACCUUCCGUCACUUCCUCCAAAUUGCUGAGGAGGAGGAUUUUCUGCACAUUCCCAUGGAACGCCUCGUCUUCUUCCUGCAGAGCAACAAACUGAAGAACUGUAGCGAGAUCGACCUCUUCCACGCCGCCAUCAGGUGGCUCCAGUAUGACGAGUCCCGCCGGGCUCAAGCCAGCAGUGUCCUCUGCCAUGUACGUUUCCCGCUCAUGCGCUCCUCUGAGCUGGUGGACAGUGUUCAGACGGUGGACAUAAUGGUGGAGGACGUGCUGUGCCGCCAGUAUCUCCUCGAGGCCUUCAAUUACCAGAUUCUUCCCUUCCGACAGCAUGAGAUGCAGUCUUCGCGGACGCUCAUACGUUCUGACGUCAUGUCACUCAUUACCUUUGGUGGGACGCCGUACACUGACAACGACCGCACAGUGAGCACCAAGGUGUACCACCUCCCUGACAUCUCAUCCCGUCAGUUCAAAGAGCUGACAGAGAUGGAGGCGGGAUGCAGUCACGCUUGUGUAGCCGUACUUGAUAAUUUUGUGUACGUCGUUGGUGGACAGCACUUACAGUACCGCAGCGGCGAGGGGGCAGUUGACAGCUGUUACCGCUACGACCCGCAUCUAAACCAGUGGCUGCGCAUCCAACCCCUGCAAGAGGCUCGUAUCCAGUUUCAGCUCAACGUGCUGCAUGGACAGCUGUACGCCACCGGAGGGCGCAAUCGAUCUGGCAGUCUGUCAUCUGUAGAGUGUUACUGCCCAAAGAAAAACCAGUGGACUUACGUGGAACCAUUAAAACGCCGGAUUUGGGGUCAUGCGGGCACUCCCUGCGGAGAGAAGCUGUAUAUCUCAGGGGGUUAUGGCGUCUCGUUGGACGACAAGAAAACUCUUCACUGCUACGACCCGGUUUCAGACCAGUGGGACUUCAAAGCUCCCAUGAAUGAACCCAGAGUGUUGCACGCCAUGAUCAGCACCAGGGAUCGGGUUUAUGCUCUGGGCGGUCGCAUGGACCACGUGGACCGAUGCUUUGAUGUCCUCGCGGUUGAGUAUUACAUUCCAGAGAACGACCAGUGGACCACCGUCAGUCCCAUGAGGGCAGGUCAGUCUGAGGCAGGCUGCUGUUUACUGGACAGGAAGAUCUACAUCAUCGGGGGCUAUAACUGGCACCUGAACAAUGUCACAAGCAUCGUGCAGGUGUACAACACAGACACAGAUGAGUGGGAGAGGGAUUUGCACUUCCCAGAAUCCUUUGCUGGCAUCGCUUGCACACCAAUUAUAAUUCCACAAAACACCACACAAUGCUAACCAUCCGACCUGUGACUGUGAAGAUUUUAUUCCAUGUGCUCUUUCUGACGACCACAGAGUCGACACAAGGUGUGAACGUUAUGUAAGCUACUGUGUGUGUGUGUGUUCAUUGAGGAGAUGCCCUGAAAAGCUAUUAAGACGUAUUAUUUUUUAUCUUUGUUUUGUUUAAUUAAAGCAAAUUUUGAUUUGAAAUUUAUUUUAUGUGAAAACUUAUCAUCUUGAUCUUAAUGUUGAUGUUGACUUUUAUGAUACUGAUACAAGUUUUUGAAUGGCAGUUGGUCAGUAUUUGACCACAUUUUGAUGAUUGGAGUUUGAGUAAUUCCUGAAUUCUAUAAUUAAUUGAUUGAUAUAUUAUCUUGAUUUUUUGUUCUCUUCCUGAAUAGAAUUACCUAAAUUAGUAACUUCUCAUUUAAAAAAUAAUCAUAAAUCAGUUAACAGUGUUUUACCAAUCAAGGGCUUAAGUUACAGACAGCACAAAUUGUCUCUGGAAAUCUCAUAUUUGAAGUUUAAAUUGUGUGUUUGCAAAGGUAUUAACAGACUCAAGUGUUAGACAUUAUGAUUGUACAGUUGGGAAUGUUGUAUUAUUAUUAUUUUGCUUACUUUUUAUCUUGUUAUAAUUUUACCAUUCAAGCGACCAAGAUAACUGAAAGUCUUACUGUUGUAUGUCUCCUCAAUCUAGUAAUCAACAAACCACAUAUCAAUGCACAGUAAUGAUUGCACAAAGAACGCAAGUAGUGGUUGUUGUUGUGGAAUCAGCUAUUCCAUGUGGGUGUUAAUGGCUUUGUUUUGUUUUUUUACCCUUCUUGUGUUUCCUGAGCUGAAACUCCCACUGACAAACUAAUUGUUGUCUCAGUCAACUUAACAAACCAGUGUGGAUCUCUUAUGGCAGCUACAUAAAUCAUUUAUGUGUGCGUGUCCAUUUUGAAUGUCGAUGUGUGCUGUUCUUUAUGUCAAACAAGUGCUUACCUUGCUAUUUUGUGUACCACACAUGCUUUUGUCCCUUGGCCUACACAAAAAGGGGAUACAGGUGAUAUUUAUUAAUAUCUAAGCUAUUGCGCCAAUCCUCAAAAAAAUCAAAUUUCCCCAGAAAAAGCACUUAAACUGUCCAUUUACCAUGAUAUUGAUUGAUACCGGCUCAUGUUUUUACUUUGACUGCAUUGCUGCACUUUUCAAAGCAGUAUUUAUCAGACAUCUGAUUCUGCUGCUGACGUUAUUGAUGUAUUUAAUGUGUGUAUAAGGAAGAAACAAGCUCAAAGUUCUUGUUUUUCCUUUUUAAAUGUGACAUCUACGUGAUGGUGUCCAUUUUAAAACUGUCUCCUGUUUGCCUUAGUGUAUUUGUAAUGAUUUACCUGUACCAGUCAAAGCACAUGAUAUCUCAUUAAAGUGCAAUAUAAAGUAGUCAAAGGGGAAUGUAGACAUUUAUGUAGCUCUAUGUGCAUCCUUUUAUUAAAGGUGUAUCAUGUUUUAAAAAAUACCCUUCAUGUGCUUGUUAUGUUUUUGAUUUGGUUGGAUGAUGUAUUUCCACAACAAGCCUACUGAAGCACUGCCUUCACUGCCACUGCCUGCCACUUACCCUAUAAAAGGUUUAAACUGUUUGUAUGCACACACUCCCACAGACACUCAGUGUGUCACGUUUAGGAGGAUAAAUAUCGCAGAAAUUGAAUAUAAUAUUCAUAGGUAUGUUUCUAUUAGUGUAUAACCACCUGAAUAUAGAAAUCAUGUACAUUACAUUAAAAUUAUUCUAUAGAUGCUGCACGGUCGCAUUCCAUGGAGGCGCUUUUGGUGAGUUGCUGGUGGACACCAUCAUUUCUCUUACACACAUUCUCAUUACAGAUGUGAGUGGUGUUCAGUUUAGUUGCAAUCUGCAGCUUCACCACUAGAUGCCACUAAAUCCUGCACACUGGUCAUUUAAGAGGAAAAUUACUGAAGAUAUCUCUUUUAAUUAGAGCUGCAACUAAAAGCUAUUACUAUAUAAUGCCUGAAAGUAAUAAAGAAAUAUAGUAUAUUAAUAUUAAUGUUCCCAAAAAUCAAGUUGACGCCUUAAAAAUGUCUUGUUUUCUCCAACCAACAGUCCAAAACCAAAAAGUAUUCAGUCUACAGUGAUUAUACAGCAGAGAAAAUCAAUGUUUGUUAUUUUGACCAGAAAUAUUACUUAGAUAUACUAUACUAUUUAAAAAAAAUUAUAAUUAUCAACUGACUGGUAGAAUAAUGUGUCAGCUCUACUUUUCAUUACAGUUGUGUUGCAAACCCAAGCAACUUCUGUGCGCUGGUAAUGUCAUCAAGGUUUCAGUUUUCAAAUAUUAAACCAAGUUGAUACAAUAAUUGUUUUUAAUUAAUAAACAGUUUGAAUAAUUUAAUGUAACAUAAUACUGUAGCUUACAUUCUUCCACUUUUAAUUACUGCAGUGGUUUUGUUUAGAACUUGACUCUGUAACUUCCCUCAUGUUCAAACUAAAGAGAAAAUGUAAUUAUGAAGAUGAUUAUUCAAACCUGUAUCUUUUGUUGUCCUUAAAAUAAAAUAAAGUUUUAUUACAGCA